ACGAGAUUAAAACGUAUUUCCUUUUAGUUAAGUCAACAACUAGUUGUUCCCUCUACUCUAUUGAAAAUAGAAAAAAAGCUCAAACCGUACUAGACUUCAUCUCAAGAGUAUAAAGAGCCUUGGACAACUCAAAUUUCAUUACAGUAGUUCGUCGAUCAUUCACUAAGAUGAUUAAGUUUGUGAUUUUUUUGAGCCUUAUCGUUUUUGCAUCUGGACAUACCAAGUCCACAAGUGAAUCGUCAAAACAAAAACGCAGUAUUUUUGAGAUUGAGAGUCCAAUUUCAAGUUACGGGCACGGUUACCCUUGGACUAGGAGUAAAAAUUUAUUGAAAGUUUUAAAAAUUCCAUCGGAAUUGUCAGUGUUGCCGACUCGAAGCAUAGUAAGCUACGGUAGCGCAGCAAGACCGCCCAGCCCAUUAGUUUUAACAAAACAUAUCAUCGUUGAAAAGCAAAUUCCGGUACCUAGGAAACCAGUAAUUUAUGAAAAACAAGUACCAAUCCAUGUUCCUGUUCAUAUACCAGUAAAGGUUCCAGUUGACAGAUUUGUUCCUGUAACAGUUGAAAAAUCAGUGCCAGUUCCUGUACCCCAGCUUCUUCCAUACCCAGUUGAACGUCAAGUACCAGUCCGUCAAGACGUACCUUACGCAGUACCAAUAAUCAUCACUCAAAUAGCUCAAGCUCCACAACCAACUUCUUCACCGCAAACUUUUCAAAUAGCUUCUCAGCCGAGUCCACCACCUCAAGUUCUUCAGUUGGCCCCAGCAUCACAGCAAAAUCCCUCUCCACACCUUUUUCAAUUAACACAAGCUCCACAGCAAAGUCCACCACAGCAACUUCUUCAAUUAGCACAAGCUCCACAGCAAAGUCCACCAUCGCAACUUUUUCAAUUAACACAAGCUCCACAGCAAAGUCCACCACCCCAGCUUCUUCAAUUAGCACAAGCUCCACAGCAAAAUCCACCAUCGCAACUUCUUCAAUUAGCACAAGCUCCUCAACCAACACUGGCGACACCCACUCUCAGUCAACUUCAAUCCAAUUUAUCACCUCAACUAUCCAAUCCAAGGCCUUCAAUCUUACCAAUCAGUUUUUCUGUAAACGCUGGUAUCUCUGCCGGAGUGCAAAGUGCUCCUCAACAUCCGGAUCUUCAAAACAUUGAUUUUAGUAGUCUCGCUCAAUUAAACUCAUUUCAUCAGCCACCUCCAUCCCCUCAACCGUUGCAAUCAAAUGAUCUUGGAUCUCUUUGGGGUCCUGAAGAAUAUAAUGAUCUUUAUAGUAAAUAA